AUGACUCAUAUUAAUAUGAAUAAUAACGAAUCAAAUAUAUUUGUAAAUCUAUCACAUUUACUUUUAAAUAGAAUUUUCAGUCAACUAGAUAGUAAUAUAGAUCGUAUCUGUUUCACUUUAGUCUGUAAGAGAUGGUAUAAUGAAAAGAAUAAAUAUUUUACAUUCAAUGCAAAAUCAUUGGUAAAACCACUUUAUGCAGAUCAGAAAGAUGGUGAUUAUCCAUUAUUCUUUUUAAAUUCAUUCAAAGAUGAAUUCCUCAAAUCAUUAGUUUUUAACAAUUCUCACCAGAAAGAUUGUGCGCUCUUUAUUAAUCAAGCUAAUGAUAAUGCUUUCAACCCUACUUUUAAUCCUGAAGUUGAUUAUUCUAUGACAAAAGAGACGCUUGAUACAUUAGGUCUAAUAAUUAGACCUAAUAUUAAAACACUUGUAAUUACCGAGGUUGACCUGAAUGAAAAAGAACUGGAAAAGUAUAUGACACUCAACAACAAUAUCACUCAUAUCUAUGGUUGUUCAUCGAUUCCAGUAGGAGGAUGGCCUCAGAACAUCAAGUUUAUUAGAUUCUCGAAAUUUAGUGGAACUCUGAUACCUGGUUGUUUCCCAGAAGGCAUCGAAACCAUUGAGUUCAAAUCAGCAGAUUACUGCACGAUCAACGAGCCGAUAGAAUGUGGCGUAUUUCCAAGUUCGUUGACCUCGCUAACUUUUUUUGACAUUCUUCAUGAACCAAUUGCUCCAGGAGUUCUACCGAAAUCACUAGAGUCACUCGAGUUUGGAUUCUAUUCGAAUGAUAUCGACGACCAACUGCUUCCAAACACUCUGAAACAUCUGAAAAUCCACGGGUAUUCAAGCUCUUACAAUAUUGUUAAAACCAGCCAACCUAGUAAUAGUAAAAUCACUGCUUUCCAGCAAUAUUAA